GCAAAGGGUGGCGAAGAAGAGAGAGGCCUCUCCCACUCGCUAUUCGUCACACGGGGAUGCGCUCCUUCACCAUGGCGUAAGCAAGCACAGCGCAGGGAGCGGGGGGGAAGGCAGAUCGGAUCUGAUGAUGUGCCGAGGGAGCGAGGACUGCACCAUGGCAGGCAGGCAGCAUAGAGGGGGAGAGUGGGGCACUGCACGCAGUCUUUGCACACCUCUGCGGCAGGCGGAGGUCACAAAUUUCCCUCUCUCUUGCUUGUGUUGUGAUGCGAUGCGAUGCUUUGUGUCUUUCCGUUCGUUCAGGCACAGCCUCGUGUGCCGUAAGUUUGCUGCGUCGCCGUCCGUUUUUGCCACUGCCACCAAAGCGAUGGCCGCCACACCUGGUCAGUCAGCACACCACCCACUCACUCGACACACACAUCUCCCUCCCUCGGUGUGUCAGUCCUAGAUGGGGUGUGGCCUCCCUCUGCCGUGCUCUGCUCUGUGUGUGUUUGUUCUAUAGGUGUGUCGACGCAGGUUCGUGGGUUCGCGUUGACGCAGUUUGAGAAGAAGAAGCGUUUGUACCACAACGAGUGGGUGCCGGCGUAUUGCCAGAACAGCGACGAGUACCCCGGGGGGCUGCACCCGAUCUACGGGAUGAAGCCCGGCACCUACGGGUACUACCGCAACCCUCGGCGGCCCGCCAUCGACCCCGACUUCUGGUUCAUCCCCUUCUACUUCAACCUCUUCUUCACCGCAUUUGAGGUCGUCAGCGCCUGCCAGGCCGAGGCCAUGUGGGGCUGGCUGCCCACUGUGCCCUUCAUCGGGGACGGCAACUGGCCAUGGCCAUUCGGAUGAGUCCACACACACACACGGACAGACGUGUUGGGUGGAGAGGAGGGAGGGGCAGUGGGCUAGUGGUGGGGAGGGAGGAGAGUGAGUGUGUGUGGCUGUCUUUCUUUCUGUUUGGCUGUUCGUUUGUCCGUCCAUGUGUGGUGGCGGGAUGGAUAGGCAUGGCCGACUGACUGACUGUCUCGUGCUUUGAAUCGAACGGUGCUCCACUUGUACAAUGGAUCAACGAGUGAGUGAUAGGCAGGCAGAUCAGAGGGAGGCAGGCAGCCGUGGCUGCGGCAACACGCCUCGGGGCUGGGCUGGCUGCAGUCGGGUCGGCGUAGUUGAGGGGGCAGGGCCUCUUGUCGCCCGCCGUUUUUUCACGGCUGCCUGUGUGAUUGAUGUCUGUGUGCGCGUCUGUGUACCCUACCGAGGGCAUUAUUCAUGUCGUGAAUGUAAUGAGUGUCCACUCAAGCUCUGCGGCUGACUUGAUGUGGGGUAAUCUAGGCACACUCACCGACCCGACCGACGUCUGAAGACACUGCACAGCACACGAGUCUGUCUGUGCAUUGGAUUCAGACUCGGCCGGUGCGGUGAGUGCGUCUGAGUGAACCUCGUCGAGCGACUCGCGAGCCGAUUGGUGCAGUGCAGUGCCUGUGGGAACGGUGUGCAUGUGUGUACCCGACUGACUGACGCAUGUCAUGUGCACCUCUCUCCUGCCUACAACAAACGCCGUGCCUUCUUCGGAUGUCAUCGGAAGAAGGCGCGCCGCAUGGUGGGGCUGGCAGAGAGGGGUCAUGACAUGCAUGGCGCAGGCAGGUAGAUCUGUUAUGGCACGAACGACACGCAUUUGCACUGAC